UUCGGAGAGCACACCCUAAUUAUGGAAAAUAUCCCUAGAUUUAAUUAUAACAUUUUAAAAUUUUGAGCCUAAUUUAAAAUUGGAGCCAUAGUUUUGUGAUGAUGGAUGCAAUUAACCUAGUGAUACAACAGCAGAGCAAAAAGCUAAGUUUACAUGCGUCACUUUAUUCUGAAAGAAUAAGUUUUUAUCUAUUUUCUAUUUGGAAUGACACUACUUUUUCUUUCAUUUAAUCUCUUUAAUUUUGUUUUCAAAAUUUCACCGGCUGAGUGUUUGUGUGCCUUAAUCUAAGUUCUCUUUUAAUCCUUUUUCCUUGAUUUGGUUUCCUCACAAAUUUUUCUCUUCUUUUUCUUGUUCUUCUCUGCAACUUUGUCAACCCUCAACUCCCUGCAACUUUCCAGAAAGAGCAGCUUACUGACCCUUGAAAUGGAUGCUGAUAUCCUUCACGAAGAAGGUGUUUCUGGUGAUGAAUUCAAUAGUAUGGAACUGGAGGCAGGAUCAAGUAGAGCUGACAUACUUGACGGGAUAUCAUCUGGUGGAGAGGUGAAUGAAGAAUUUGGAAGGGCUAACGAGAUUCUAACAAGAGUGGAGUUAGAUUUAGCAUGUUCCUCCGAGAAAUUGGUUAACUUAAGUGUACUUACAAUGCAUUUGGCAACUAGGGAAACUGACUUCGAAUCAUUUAUGUCAGAAAAAGACAAUAUGCUGGUUGAAUCUAUGGAGAAAGCUUUGGAAUUUGAUCUCUUAUCAGGAAUUUUAGAUUCAGAGGUUAAAGAACUGAAUAAAUUUAUGGAGCAUCUUGAAACUUACAUUAUUAGUUCCCGUGAAGCGAUAUCUUCAUUUAAGCACUUGGGAGAAACUUUCUUCAAAAUGGAGGAAAAGCUACUUGAUUCUGAAGAAUCCUUGAAGCAGUCACGAAAUCAAGUCUCAGAAAUUAAGAUGCAGGCUGCUGAUUUCCACAGGAUUUUAUCAUGUCUUCAUGGAAAUGAAAACAGGAAUGAUGAAAAUGGUGUGAAUGUCUCUGAAGGUGAUCGAUUGUCUAGUGGUAAUACAAAGAUAAAAAUGCAAACUAUUGAACAGCAAAGGCAUAUUUUGAGAAUGCUGGAGAAAUCUUUGGCUCGGGAAAUUGACCUGGAAAAGAAGUUUGCAGAAUCUAGGCAAAUUGAGGAGGAGCUGAAACCAAGGAUAUACACGUUAGAAGAAGGGAUGGUCAGCAUGGAGGAAGAGACGAUGGAUGUUAGUGAAAGGUUGUUUGAAGCACAGAAUGCAGCGGUGGUGUUUAUGGGGAUUUCAAAGGAGCUAUUGGGUCGACUUCAGCUUGCCCAGUUUAAUUUGAAUAACUCAACUCAUCGAGAAACUGAGUUAAGAUCAAAGCUUGAAGAAUCCACAGUGAAGUUGAAAGCCAAAGAAAGUGCAUUGCGGACGCUUCAAAGUAGUGAUACUAGACUCAGUGAUUUUGUUCAAGCACAGGUAGACACCUUAAAAGAAAAGUUGACUGAAGUUGAAAAAAAGUUUAUUCUUGCUGAUUCUGAGGCCUUCACUAUGCGUGAGAAGGCAGAUUCAUUAGAGAAGCAACUGAAAGAGUCUGAAUUGAACUUGUCAAAUGCAAAAGCUUCUCUUGAUGAAAAUCGGGAACAACAUGAUGCUUUAUAUUCUCUGAUCAAUACAUUGGAAAAUGAUACUGCUGAUUUGAAAGCGAAAUUAUUUGAAACUGAAAAAAGAGCACAUAAUGCUGAAUCCAAAUGCAAAUUAAUAGUUGAGACUAACACGGAACUUAUUGAAGAGCUGAGUCUUCUUAAAGGCCAGGAUCUUACAUCUGAAAAGGUGGAGUUUCUUGAGAUGCAAUUGAAGGAAUCUGAGAUCCGGUUAUUGAAUGCUGUAGCUUCUGCUGAAGCUAGUCAGGAGAAGCAAAAUAUGUUGUAUUCUACCAUUGGAGAUAUGGAAAACCUAAUUGAGGAUCUAAAGCUGAAGGUUUCUAAAGCUGAAAAUAGAGCUGACAGUGCAGAAGAUAAGUGUAUCAUAUUAUCUGAAACUAAUGCAGAGCUAAGUGAAGAAUUGCGCUUCUUGAGGGGUAGACUGGGUUGCUUGGAGGCAUCUCUAAAUCAGGCUGAGGAAAUGAAAAUGGCAACUGCUAGGGACAUAGGCAUUCGUACCCAACUGAUAGCAAAUUUGCUCAUGCAACUGGGCAUGGAAAGAGAACGCCUUCACCAGCAGAUAUCUGGAUUAGCCACGGAAAAUAAAGUUUUGAUAGUAAAGUUGAAGCAAACAUACAAGGACCACUCUAUUGUUCAGAGCCAUGAGAAUAAGGGAAAUGUCAAAGAUUUUUUGUUUUCAAAGCAAGACUCCACAGCUGCUUCUGCAAGAGAAACUAAGGAAGAAAUAACCAAAUCACCGGUCGGUGGUUCUGAGCUGGACAAGACUACUGAAUCAGUUGGUGAGUCCGAAGUGAAACCCACAGAUGGCACUUCACAGUACGAGACUGUGAGGACAAUAGAUGCAAGAUUGCUUAGCUUCAAGCACAUUUCCUUGGCAUUGCUCGUCUUGCUAGCUUCAACAGCAGCAGCUUAUUAUUUCCAGAAGCAGAAAAGCCCUUUUUAUUGAUGAUAUGUACAUUCAUCCUUUCUGUUAUUGAAUCUUGACAAGGUUUUACUCGUUUUCUCUCCUAUACUAAAUCCUUUUGAAGUUAUGAAUCCGGUUUUCACCUAAGUUAAAAUGGUACGAAAACUUUAGUA